UGGUCACGUGACCUCUUAGUGCAACUGGCCUAUAACCCUGGUCGUGGUAAGGUGCCAUAUGAAGGCACCGUGACAGAAAAGAUAACAUUAUUAUUAAUCGAUGAUACUGUUGUACAUUCCUCUUCUGAGAAAAGUAUUGAACGUAAAACGGCGACAUCAGAUUGCCAAUUAAUCAUUAUGUACGUGCUCUAGGUCCAGACCAGAAAAGAAUGAAGAAUUGACAAAAAUUGCAGUGUUGAACCAGGUUUGUUUAUGAAAUGACAAUGUAGUUUAACUGACUCGAACACAUCGUCCGUGACAUGAAAAGGUCUUAAUUCAUGGCACUUUGAAAAGGUGUUCAUAUAAAGAAGGAGUAUCUUGUAUAGUGUAGACAUAACCUGACAAAGCAUUUGACUCCUUUUGUAACUCUGUUUUGGUACUUUUUGUAUCAUAUCCUAUAGCUUUUCCAGCUGGUAAAGAAAAAGAAUCUUUCACACAAGGGUGACUGGGUGCAAGAAGUGUUGUUUUUCUUUAUUGAGCAUGCAUAUUUCCAGCCAACUGAAGGCAGUGAUAAAGUAAGUACUCCAACUUAUUUUACCCAACCACGUUAGUUUAUCGAGGUAGACCUGUUUUGAAGGAUAUGCGUUACCUCACUAGGAUGUACAUUUUAUUCUUUAAUUCUCGAAACAAAAUCAGAAUUUUUUCGGGGGUGUAUUAUAUUAAAGGUCAAAUUUAACCCAUUCGCUCCUGGAGAUUUUGCCGAAAAACGCGUUUUGAAGCUAGUCGAGUGGUUUUCUGGUCACUGUCGUGCUAUAAAGAGCUAAAACUUACCACAAACCGGUUUACAGGUCGUACACUUGGCGGCCUUCUGAUCCAGAUGCAAAAUAUCAGCUUGCGAAGUUCGGGCAUGCGCAGAAAGCAAAAUUUUGACAGUUUUUGGGUUUAAAAGUGACACAGCAGUCUUGACUUUUACUUUUCGCUUUCUCUGCUCCCUUCUUUUUUCGCUUUUCUUGCCUCAUUUUUUUUUUCUCUUGCUGGGCAUUUAGUAGGCUUCAUUUUGGUGGGAAGAGUUUUUAGGAAAGCUUUUAGGAUCUUAGGAUUAGGUGAAAGGAAAGGUAGGUGGGUAAUGGAACAAGAUUUUCAUGGAGAUUUUCAGGUCCUUGUCACGUGGUUUUUUGCUUCUUUCUCCGGUGUCCUUGACUGAAUUGUGCUCAUUCUGGUAUGGUUUGAAAGAUCUCUUCACUCUGCACAAGUUAGCGAAGAAAGUUGUCCUUGACCGUUAAAACUGAUGACGUCACAAAGGGUAGAAAGGACCUGGAUCCGCACGGGCGGUUACGGGCCGUUCAGGGGCGAAUGGGUUAAUUUCAGGUUAAAUUUUUUUAAACCUAGGUUGAUUCUCAAUUUCCUUUGUCUUUUAGCCCUAAUUAUUCAUGAAUUAGGCCCCAGAGACAAAGGAAAUUGAGAAUCAACCUAGGUUAAAUAAAACAUUAACCCAAAAUCCUCAUUGCCACCGUGUUUCACCAAAUACCAGGCCAAAUUGGUGAUAUCUUCAAUCAGUAAUUAUCUCAAUUAUUCAAGUGUGUGUCUAGAUAACCUACAGCUGUAUUUUGGUUAGUUGUUUGUUAAAGGAGCUGUGUCACGAAAUUCAGCCAAAUUAGGAAAUUACAAAAUGCCCGUAGAAUCAAGAGAAACAUAAAAAUAACCGCGUAAAACUUUAAAGAAAGGUUAAAAUAACAUAACAGAAACAACAGAUGUCACGGAUGGGCAAAACUGAAGAAGAUUGAAACGGACUGAAAUUAGGAUUUUUGAAAACUGUUCAGCCUAACAGUUUUUCAAGGUUGAUCCCUGCUGCUUGCAACUUCAAAAGUAAUGCUCAGGAGACAUAUUUGUUUGUCUCGGGGAACUGAUUUUGUCAUUUAAAUGUGAUUUCUUUGCUUACUUUAAGUUCGAUAGCGAUUGAGGGCGAGUAACUGUCAAAAUUAAACAAAAUGAACUGGACUGCCGUGACAUAGCCUCUUUAAUUAUUCCUCUUUAUGAUCACUAGUUACCUUUGACUUCGUCAGUAAGAGAGGUUUGUGAACAGAGAUUUAUUAGUACGAUGAAGGACCUCUCAUCAAGCAAGGGGAUGAAACAGGAAAAUCUUUACAAAAUUGUACUCCAUGCAAAGGUAACUUCGGUUUUAUGGUAUUUUAAGGUUUCUAUUCAUAUAAACUUCUUUUUCAGCGAGGCAACGUGUAUGUUUUGCUUUUCCUAGUAAUGACGAUGUCUACAUGCUUAUGUAGGAAUUAACUGGUACCCCCUAACAUUUCACUGUUACAGUGUAAUUUAUCACCUUUCUUGGUCGUUGAAAGCAGCUUCUGCAUCAAACUGUGUCGUUUUGUACCGUGUUUGUGGAUUAUAAGCUGCAAUAUUAAUGGUGUGUCGCUAUCUUGGUGUUUUCUGCUAUAAUGCACUGAGACGAAGCACACCUACAGUGUAUAAAAAAUAAUUCCAUUUUUUUGGCAAGUUCUGUUUUAAAAUGCUCUUGUAGUUUUUAUAUCUCCUGCAACCAGGCAUCAUUUUCCUUGAGGCGCCCUUGUAGGUUGGCCAGAGCUCUGCUUAGAUAGCAGUUCUUUUUUUUUAUACAGAAACUCCUCGAGAGCGAUGAACACAUAGUUGUGUCAAAAAGGUGGACUGACAAGGUGAGCUGGAACAGUAUCCGUACGCUAAUACUGCCCCCCCGGGGGGGGGGAUUACAUGUGUUUAUUCAAACGCGUUUGAGCAGGGUGGGGGCGAUUUGAGAGAGGGCGGGUUAUUUAAUUUAGCAAAGACGAUGGUGUCAGUUCUCCGUAAACAACUGCAGUAGAAUACAAAGUGGAAAAGCACAAGUACAAGAAGGCUGGAGGUCAUGCAGCCGAGGAUGGAAAACAAAUCCAAACUUCCUGCUGGUGACCAACCACCCUGGAUCAGUCCGCACGAAGUUUUGCAGUUCUGAUUGAUCAAUGCAGCCUAUUAUUUAUUAGUGAAUAAUGAUGAUGAUGAUGAUAAUAAUAAUAAUAAUAAUAGUAAUAAUAAUAAUACUUUAUUAAACUCUUCUCAAAUUGAAGAUUAAGUACAAAUGUAGUAUAACUAUAGUUAAAAAAAGACUUCUUGGUGGUCUGGUGGUUUUCAACAGAGCAAAUGUAAACAACUGUCUAUAAACUAAAAAAAAAGAAAAUUUCUAUGUUCAUCCCAAUGAUAAAUAUAAUAAUUAUUAAAUUUUACUAUUUACAGAUUCAAGAAUAUGAAAUAUUAAAAUAUAUACCCUAUGUACAUUCUUCUUGUGUACGAAAGAGAAUUGUCGUAAAAUAAUAGUAAUAAUAAUAAUAAUAAUAAUAAAUAAUAAUAGUAAUAAUAAUAAUAAGGGGAUGGGGCUAAGAAGACAGGGGGGCUUAUUAAGUUUCUUCCCCUGAAAAAGGGCGGGGGUGAGGUUAAUUAAUGAGAGGGGGACUUAAAUUAUUGAGCAAACUUGUUCGGUCAAGAUGACUGGAUAUCGGCCAAGUUCUUUUUUGCGUGUUUAUGGACCGAGAAGUCGAGGUCAAUAAAGACGUAAACAAGAAGGCCAAUUUCUGGCUAUCUUGCGCUAACAAGCUUGGUCAAUAAAGGACAAAUAGAGAACUAUUUCCUGCGGGACCAAAGUGGGAAAUCCCGAGCAAAGAACAAGUCCAGUUUCUAGCAAUCUUGACCGAACAAGCUUGGUCAGGAUUUAUUGUAUGGCCAAAAAGAGAUCUAUUUCUUGCUGGUCCAAAGCGGGAAAUUCCGAGCAGGCCAUCUUGCCCUCUCAGGUAGCCAAUCAUUCCGGUGUUUAAUGUCAAAGAAAUUAUGACAACCUUCUUUUUAUACCAACAUAAAAUGAGAUGCCAGUUUCUCUUUGGUAAAUCGUAGAUCCCGCCGUUGAGAGCGUUUGAUUCUCAGCGUGGUAAAAAUUAUCGUUUCUCUCACGUCCUUACAUUGCAGACAGAAAAAGCAUUCAGAAGUGCAGUAAAGGUGAUCGAGAAGAUACAGAAAAAGGUAUUAAUUUCAAUGAAAAGCCCAUUGCUAAUUCAUAAUUUUCCUUCCGCUACGAACUGGGUGAAGGUGAAUGUUUUCCUUCUAAAAUGGCGAAAUAAAUGUACAGCCAAGUUGUCAUAUGUAUUUGUUUUUUUUUUUUUCAGGGAAAGAAGAGAGAUGAGGGAUCCAAUCAGGAGGAUAAAGUGUUCGAACUGCUUUUUUGUCACAUGGCACUUCAGUUGUUCACGGAACCAGAACAAGUCGUUGACAUCUUGCAGGUAGGAUUUGCUUCAGACCCUCUAGCUUUGAUAAAGAAAAAAUAAGCAAACAAACGGACAAAAAAGAACGGCAGCAGCAAAAUGUCAUUUGCUUUAGUUGAUUUAAAAGUUGAUAGUGAUAAGAAAUGAUGAUAAUAGUAAUCAUGAUGAUAAUGAUGAUGAUGACGAUUUAAUAGGACCACGAUUAUGAUCAAUUUUGUAAUUUUGUAAUUUUGAUUUCUGCCUUUCGCGGUCAAAGCCAUCAAGGAAAGGAUAAGAAAUUUGGCUGUGUAGUGAAAACGUUAUUAAUAUCACUUGUUUUCUUUAAGCAGCUUCUGCAUCAAACUAUGUCUUUUUUGUACAAUGUUUGUGGAUUAUCAGCUGCAAUAUGAACGGUGUGUCGCUAUCUUGGUGUGUUUUUUCGUAACGCACCGAGACGAAGCCCACGUACAUACAGCUAUUUUCGAUUAACGUAAGAAAGCCUGCGCCAAACCGCGUACCAACAAGGAAACAGUUUCGUGAAAAAUGUACUAAACUCAGCCUUGAAGCAAGUCUUUUGCCAUAAAAUCGUUUGUGACAAUUUGUAUCAUUCUAUGGAACUGAAAAUCGUGAAGUUCUGACCGUAUUACAAACGAUUAAAAUUUGGCGCGCUUGAAACCGAAAACUCGAUAGCGUUGUUGUGGCUGGAAUAGCAGUAACUUUCCGACUGUGUAAAUUCUACUGCAAAUUAGCUACUGGGCAAGUUGUGCAGUCGUCUAAGUUUUCAACUAGAGUUUUGUAAUAUGAUCCAUUUUAUAUUUUUUUUCGCUGGUGAUGUGUAGGAGCUGAAAGCUUGCUAUGAAAAACAGAAAAGCAAAUCUAAGAAAGAUGACGAUAGCGGUAAGAGAGUUUUGAAUAUUAGGGAGCUUAAGCAGCGACGUUUUUGAGCGACGCACGUCAACCGGAAGUGAGGUAUUUUCCCUCUUAACAUGCCUUGAUGAUAUAAAAUUUGUAUUCCUUAGCUUCUUUACUGUUAUAGAGGCGAUUUGACUGAAAAUUUGCGCGAAACCACCGUCAAAAAAUCAAAAAAGGCCACUUCCGGUUGACGUGCGUCGCUCAAAAACGUUGUUGCUUAAGCUCCCUAUUAUUGUUGUACAUGGUGGCUUUGAACCUUCUUACACCAAGUUAUGGUGAGAUAAUUUUCUCUCUAACUUUUGAAUCUGUGGAUAAAAUCCUAUGCUCUUACCAUUCAAAUAAAUCCUCUUUGGUCAUCGUCAUGUAUUUCCUGGGAUAAUUUACAAAAAUUCGAUUUUUUUUCUUGCAAGUUCUUUCUUUGGGUACUAUAAGGACGUUUGUGACGUUUUUAGAUCACCUACCCCUCCCCUAAGCCACCAUUUCGCCCUAAGUGAGAAGUAUGUAAGUGUUAAUGUUGGCUUAGGGGAGGGGUAGGUGGGCAGUUUCCCGGAAUCGUAUAAUGAUCCCGUUUCUUUACCAUCCAAUGGCUUUGACAACUGUGAAGUAAGGAAAGGAAAAGGUUGCUACCCAGAUGACCUUAAAAUCUUAAAAUGCGUUAACUUGAUUGAAAUAACGGUGAAUUGUUUGUGUUUUUCAGAUGAACCACACUGGGUGGAGGUAUUGACCGAAGUACUAUUAAGUUUGCUGACACGGCCCACCAGUCUGUUUCGCCAUGUUGUUGAUCACGUGUUCACAUUACUGGCUCCACACUUAACUCUGAAUGCACUGAAUAUGAUUCUGGAGGUAAGUAGCUUUAGUGUGAACACUACGUGAAUGGCAGGUGGGCUAACAAGCAAACAACACAAAGCAGUGUGAACACAGGACACCGAGGGGGUAUUAAAGGAGCCGUGCCACGAAGUUUAUUAAAAUUUAAACGGUGGGAACUGCUAUCAAAUUGCGUAAAACAUAAAAAGUGAACCGCUCAAAACGUUCACAGAAGGUUUUCCAGAUAAGUCAUAACACAGAAAAAACUAAAGGAGAAUAAUUAUUGAGAUGAGCUCCCAUUGUGUUUUUGAAAACUUAUUAGCUUAACAAAGUUCAUUUUUGUUUUUGCAAGGUUUGAAAUAAUACAUGGGAGACCUAUUUACUUGAAACGAAGUUGUGAUUUGUCAUUUACAAGGAAUUUCUAAUUUUCAUUGCAAAUUAGGGAGUGCAAUUUGUUUUUAUAAGAAAAUGAACUAGCCAACCGCGACACAGCUCCUUUUAAGAGCUGUUAUUUUCUCUCUAAAGUUCGUGACACCCAAUUUUUUUAAGCGUUUCUUGGAUUCAUUUGAGUGGCUGUCUGUUGUUGGAAAUUGCAGUUGUUAAUUAAUACGUUUUGACACAAGGCUGUAUUAAUAGUGUCAUGUUCCCGACUCCCAAAUUUCUUUCGAAUGAGACACUUUGCAGCUUAACGUCCACUUGCUUACAUCAUCAAUUGUUGUCCAAGUUACCUCUGUUUCCAGCUAAACUGUUGUUGACAGUUGUUUAAUUUCGUGCUUUUUUGAUGUUUUUAGAGUUUUAGAAAGGGAAAUGAGGGUGAAACUUUUGAAAUAGUCGAUGAGUCAGGUAGGUUUUGUAGAAUCAAAAUAACAACAAUAGAAACUAGUGACGUAUAAUCGACGUUUUCCGCUUUCCGUAAACGUGACUUUAAAUCUCUCUGUUGUUUUACUCACAAGCAUCAGUGAAACUCAAUGAAUGAUUUUUCUAAUAACUUUUAAUACUGUUUUCAGCUGAUGAAGGAGACGAGGAGGACAUGGAAGACGAGGAGGGCAACGAAAAGGUAACUGUUAGUUAAUUGCCAUGCUUUUGAUAUAAUUGACCAUGUUCUAAACGAGCGGGGGACCGGUGCGACUUAUGACCGCAAAGGUUCGUUUUGAGAGACAGCAAAAGCAGGUAACCUGUUACAGACGCUCUCCAGGUUAUCCUGACUGAAGAAGGUAUACAGACUGUACCUUCUGCAUUAGGGUCUCUGGGAAUUCUGUAAUAGUAAAGAUAGGUGGCGUUUCUGUAGCCUGCGAGGGGCGCGCGUUCUCACGAGGCUCGCUUCGCUUGCCCAGAUAGGAGAGCCUGCUCGCAGGCUAGCCUUUCUGAAACUAUCAUAAUUGUAGUUUUGAACUUAGCACUUAAAGUGCGUCAUGUUUGUUGACCUUUAUGCUGUCCCUUUAAACGAUCCCAAGAUUCUUUGUGGUCGCGGAUCGUACCCAGUUUUUCACUUUUUUAACUUGAGCAAGAGACUGGGUCGGUGUGGUGUCGAAUUGCCCUAUGGGAUAACGCUAUCUCGUCUUUCAUUGCCAAUAAACGUACACGUAUAACGUAGGAAACUGUGAAUAGUACAAAGGAUGACACUGACAGUGAUGUUGAAGAUGACGAUGAAGAAGGCAGCAGUUCAGAUGAAGAGCAAGAUGCUAGCGGGGAUGUGGACGAAGCGUUCAGAGCUGAGCUACAAGCUGCUCUUGGCCCGGCAGUGGUUGACGUGAAUAAAGAGGUUCGUAUACUGUGUCAGACCGAGGGUUGUCCUUUUUUCAAAACAAAAUGAAAAGAAAAUGGCGAGACUUUUGCGAAUAUUUUACAAAAUGAAUGGCGUCAGGAAUGGCUAGAUGGCCUCUUUAUAUCUCUUAAAGAGGAAGAACCGAAAUGAUUGAUACAUAGGUAGGUUUUUUAUGGGGUUGUAGAUGAUAACGGACCACAGUUUGAAUGGCGUAAGGGCUUCUUCCUUGUAGAACCUCUUACUUAAGUAGGUCAGAACGAAAGCAAAAAGAUCAUUUAAGGCUUGUUUGUUGUGCUAAGAUGUUUCCAUUUAAAGUGGUCACAACACAGGAUUUCACCCACAGAUCUAAAUCAAAAGUUAGAGGUACAGUACAUGACUCUGUAAUUGUCUCUAGGAGUUUAACGGGAGGUAGUGAUUGGUAGUUUUUUUUAUGCAAGGGCUAAUGAUGAUAUUCUUUUGUAGGGAAACAGUAGUGAUGAAGAUUUAGACGAUGAAGCCAUGAUGCAGCUUGAUGAUGCCCUGGCUGCUGUUUUUAAAACUCAGUUACAAGCUAAAAAGGAGAAGAAUAAGAAAAUAGGUGAGCUCUUUGGAACAAGUUAGGUUACUGGGAAACUGCCCACCUACCCUUCCCCUAAGCCAACAUUUUACUUUAAGUCAGAAGUAAGUGUUAAUGUUAACUUAGGAGAGGGGCAGGUAGGCAGUUUUCCAGAAGCCUAGGAUGAUUGGUAUAGAUUUUGUGUUCUUCUCGGUGUAAACAACUGCCUUUUUCCUAUCUGCACGAGACGUUGUUGCCACCCAUUGCGUCUUAGCUUAAUUAAUGUGUACGUCAUUCUCUCUCUUCAGAUGCCACUAAGAUUGUUCUUCAUUUCAAGUUAAGGUAUUUUACGAACAUAACUUUUGCUUUCUAUACGGGUGUUCUGCUGAAGAAGCAAUAAAAGAAGCAACUGAGUGAACACUCUGUGUUGUUGGGUUUAUGAGAUCUGUUGAGCCAUUCUAAGAUUAGAGAGCUUUAGAUUCUAAGACGAGGACGACUACAAGUACGAGAUUUUCUCAAUACUGAGUAAUGCUCGCGCCUGAACCAGCGUCAUUGUGGCGGGAAAACGUGAUAGCCGUCGUCAAUCUACGACGAGUUUUAGCGAGAAUGUUGUAGUGGCGGGAACAAGUUAUCAAAUGCAAGAAGUUUUAUCCUGAUUUUGCUAUCGGGAGAGGACUUAACCUCCUUCAAUAUAAAUGAUCGUACUAACUUUAUAGAUGAAAAAAAGCAAAAAUAAGAACAUGCGCAAAAACUUUAAGUUAAAUCUCGUACUCGUACUCGUACUCGUACUCGUUCUCGUCCUCAAAUCUAAAGCUCUCCGCUAUUAGGUCAUAUCUUCCUUUUUAAAGUUCAGGGCCCAGUUACUGAGAGGCCGAUUAGCGCUAUUCCAGCAUUAAGAUUUUGUUCCACUUUUUGCAUUUACCUUCCUAUGCAUUGCUUAGAGUAACAUUUUGUGUAAAUCGUUACUGUGUCCCAGAGUAAAGGUUUAACAGUGCUUAAAAUUUUGCUUAAUCCUGGGUUAAACUUAACCAUCAUUCUAGGAAGUGGGCCCAGGCUAUAUCAGUUUUUUGACCUCUAGAGGAUAAGCUCAGUCCGUAGAGCGCCGGACUAGGGUUGUAAAGCUGUAAAGCGCGAGGUUGCUGGUAUAAUCCUCAGGUCCAGACCGGGGAGCCAGACCAAGGUUCCUUCUUUACGUGCCAACGGCUAGAACUCUGCGUGGCUUGAAUGGAUAAAGAAGUGGCCCUCCCGUUUUCGGUAGUAGGUGUAAAAACGGCGCUCCGAUUUAUACUUGCAUAUUAAAUACAAUGACAGAUAGAUAAGGCAGUAAAGGUAGCUAUGGUCUAAUUUCUCCCGUUUGGACGAUUUUUUCUUUUCAAGUGCUAUAAUUUUCAUUCUUUUCUAGGGUUCUUGACAUAAUCGAAAUAUUUAUUAAAAAGCAAGCUUCAAAUCCCCUCGUUUUGGUGAGUACAACAGCUUUAAUUUCCAAGUUUCAUUGAACCUUUUAUCUUUUACAUACUGGUGUUUUCCCAGAUUCAUAACCCGUCGUUAGUCAUUCGAGUUUUGGAGUGAAGAGUCACACAGAAGCUACGGGAAGAAAACCAGUGGCUAUUUUCCCUUCCCAUAACCCCAACGUGGCUCUGUUUAACCCCAAUCUUCUCCCAAUCCGAAAUCACGUACAUUAAUAGCGACUAGUUAUGAGUCUGACAUUUGCCUGGUUUUGUUUCCAUUUUCUGCCCGCUACUCCUGCUCGCUACUAAGUGGGCGAACCGGUAUGUAGGACUGUCAAAAUGACAACAUAACUGACAAUACCCUUUCUUUCCAUUCAGGAGUUAAUCGAACCGUUGUUGGAUGCAGCCUGGUCAUCUCUUAAUUCCAAGAAUUUCCGUCCAUUAGGCGAAAAAGCUCAAGGGCUGUUUACAAACAAGCUUUGCACAUUAAAAGAGGUGAUCUAUCAGUUCUUAAGGACUUCCUUCUUCAUUGCUCAGUGUAUUGUUUUAACAAUAACACAAAACAUAAAUAUAUAUUUCACCUUCCAGUGUGACUACAGCAAUUAAUCAAAGCACCCUAGAUUGCAUGACUGACUCCAAGAUCAACAGUUAGAUGUAAAAAUUAAAAAUUAUAUAUAUUUAGAUUGUUUUCGUCAUUUGGCGAACGAUCUCGUAUUUAAUCGGUUCUACUUGCGUUAUCUUUUGUUCUGCAGCUUCCUCCAGUUUCUGCUCUCGAUCCAGGAUACAUUCAUGAUAAAAUAGACCACUUGGUUGAAAAAGCCAUGUCCGGUAAGAGUGUUCAUUACAUUGUACUUGUAAAUAUUGAGUGAACUUCCCGAACUCUCUUGCUCUUAGAAUUGAAGCAUUUAAUUAAGGCCUGGUUUUGAAUCUCUUUGCCAUAAUGGCUGGAGGUUGAUCAAAAGGUUUGCUAGAGAAAAAAGAGGAACUUCAUGAGUCACUCCUUCUGCGCGUUUCUUACACUCAUUUACAAAGGGCAGUUUCUGAGUUGCCCCUAGCGUCUGUUUCAGAGCGAGGCUAAGUGCAAAGGCAUUGAUAUGAAAAUUUGACGACCGUUCGGUCAGUGCGCGCCAAAAUUGUAAUCGUUGGCAACUGCGGUAAAUGAGUUAAAAAUCCUCAUUUUUGUGCUCAAUUAUCUCACUGUUUUAGUAUAUACUAAAACAAUUAUUCACUGAAGUAGAGGUGGCUAGUGGUGUAUUUACCAAGCCGCUUCUGAUAUUUAUCACAAGAACGGUUUUGCACUUAGCCUCAUUUUGAAAGCGAGAGUUUUUGAAACUCGGAAAUGGCCUAUUAAUUCCUGUUCUUCUGUCGUCAAGCCUGUUAACGAUGUUGUAUGUAUUGUUUGAACAGCUCCUUCAAGUUCGAUUGUAACGCUUGUAUCCCUAGGCUUCUUAUACCUGGUAAGUACAACUGUACUGUUGCGAUCGGCUUGAAAUCGCAAGCUGCUCUUUGGUUUCGUGAUGUUUUUGUUUGUUUAUACAUUUGUUUCUUCACAAACAUACUUUAUUUUAUCUUUCUCGGAAGGGAAUUUUCAUACAUUCGCAGUCUUGUACAGUGUAGAGCGUUUAGAACAUUCCACGUUUAUUGAUGUUUAUUCGCCCCACAAUUUUACUUCAAUUAAUAGAGCGCAUGUAUUUUUCACGGAGGAGUUCUCUAUAAAAACCCUACUGGGCUCAUAAAGUUGAUUUGUUUCCCAAGCAUUUCCAUGCACUUUUUGUCAUCAGAAUCAGUCUUUGGUAGCUUUAACUCGUUCACCAGGGUUCUCGCAGUGUUUAAGAUACAAUUGCAGCUCAUUAGGUAAACUGGUGAUGUGAUUGAGACUUUGUGUUUUCGAUGUAGCUGAAAUCUGUUCUUUAAAGGUUAAAUCAGUAUUCACUGAUUACCUUUGUUACCCAACCCCGAUAUAGCCUGAAAUUCAUCGAAUUGCUUCGAGUCGUUUUCUCCUCUCAACUGAGGGAGUAAUAACGACUCGAAAUAAUCGGAUGAAAUUCAGGCUAACCCCGAUAUUCUGAGGAGACAACAAAUUCUUGUUUACUGUACUGUCUGUAAUCUAAGAACGGAUUGUGCCUACAGCGUUUGUGCUCAUUGUCUCUCUGCAGAUUCGAGUAUUAAGAGGCUCACGGUCACCUGAAUCUACUCAUUAUACAACUCAGAAAGGAGAAGGAAAAACAAAUGAAGACAUGGAUAAAACGAAAGUAAGUAUGGUCUUUUAUUUUCUCACCACGUGUCGGCGAGGGAAGAUGUGAGUGUUAAAGGGAACCUCCACUUAAACAAAAAGAUAACUGUAAAUCACAGGAAAUAACUGUUACAGUCAAGUCAAUCUAAAAUAUUUUUAAAGAAAGCGUUUGUAUCCGAAAGAAAUAACUUUUAGAUUCGCCUAUUUUUGUUUUCAAAUUUUGUGGGCGUCGCCAUCGUGAAUAAUUGUGACGUGUUAUGGUUGCCCUAUUGUUAUUAAACAAACACUCUUUGUGUCAGAACAAUAGAGCAACCGUAACACGUCACAAUUAUUCAAGAUGGCGGCGCCCGCGAAAUUUGAAAGUGAAAAUAAGCGAUUUUAAAAUUCACUUUUCCUGAUAUAGACACUUUUUUUAAGGACAAAUUUCGAACAAAUUUGUUUAUCAACAUAAUUUUGUUCGAUUUAAACUUAUUCUGUAGUAAGGGUGGAGGUUCCCUUUAAAGUUCAACUAGUCCUUUUUUCGAAUUGUUGUCGAUUAUCAUGGACAUAAGCCAAGGAAAAUUAAAUUGAACAUGUUGAGCCACUAUAAGACCUCGUUCUUCAAGAUAAUCUUUUCUUCUCGCUACACCUAUGGGGUAUAGUUCAUGUUGCCCUGCUGUAUUUUGUGUUUUGUACAGGGGAGCCUUUUAGAUGCUCAAAGGCUGUCAGCGGUGCUCAACAAGGCGCUCAAGGACUUCAUGGAAAAAAGGUGAAAAUUACACUGCCUUAUUUCGUUAAGGUCCUGUUACACUAGGAAUGGUCUUCGCGCAACGCUUGUUGUUGAGUGGAAUCGCGCGAAAACAACCUCAGACCCUGAGAACGAUGUUGCAACGAAAAUAGAACUUCCGAGGCCUCGGCGGAAAUAAAUGUAACAUUUUAUAUUAACUUGGCCUUUUUCCCUCAGGAGUACACAUCUUCAUCCCGUGCUGUUCACUCAGCUGAUUAAUCGCUUUCCGGUGAGUUAAACUACCUCGCUUUGAAUCUAUGAACAGUGCCAUUACUUUAUACAUAAGGACAGAGUUCUUAAGCCUGUCGUUUGCAAGCAGAUUGAUUUGGUUUGCUUUAUUUUUGUUUAGCAUCUUGGCUGGUGUUUAGCUCCAAAUCUGGUUAAAUAUCUCGAGUCUGCAGUAAAUAACUUCAGGAAGGUAAUUUUUGUAUUGUCCUUCAGGGUUAGCCUGUGCACAGACCCCCCUCCCCUCCCCUUCUCCGAUGUUUCCUGAGGGGAGGGGGGUCUGUACACAGGUUAUUCAGGAUUUUCUCGCCUAAAGUACAUUUGUAGGUUGCUUACCACUUGAAAGGCAUUUGGCGAUAUUCCCUCAAAAUAGAAUAUAUUGAAAACCUGUAUACCCGCAGGCCCUUUGUGGGUGUCGGCUGAAAAAAGGUUCGUUUUACAUAAAAUAAGGGAGGAAAUUUUUAAAACAAAAUGACCCAUUCGUCUUCUUUAUACCAGUUUCACUGUAUUUCAUCAACAUCUUUUCCCUGGAAGAAAAGAAAUCGUAGUGAUAGUCAACUCCGUGAAAGUUUUGGAAAGCCUAAUAACUAUCUACUAUCAUGCCCUACCCUCUUUACAUCAUUUGAGAUUAUUUUAGUGUAAGUUUUAGGUUUGGUGGCUUUUACUUCGUUGGUUCAGACCUCUGGAUAGCAAAAGUAUACGAAAGUCCAAGUAUACUGACGCAUUACUUAACAGUGGUUUCUUCAGAAUAUGUUUUGGUUUAAUUAUUCUACUUUCAAUUGUAGUGCCAAGCUUGUGCGAUGCUAAUGCAGUUAAUGUCACAAAAAGUAAGUUAACAACACUCUCACUUGGAAAAUAAUAACGAAGACGCCCGUUCUAUGAAGUGUGAAGUACAAUAAACCCCAUUUUGUAGCGGUUUAAAAUCUACAUAAAAUGUAAAAGUGUAGAGACGCAAGCGAUCACAAAGCGCUGAGCUGUACGCAGUAUUGAAUUAAGAAAGUUAAAUCUUGUAGCCUGUAGCAAAGUCAUGUAACUUCAUGGAUUUUGCAAGUUUACCGUUAGGCCGGAUACUGUUAAACUGCCUGUGUUUUGAACCAACCAAUUAAUCACCAGGAUCAUAUCUUAAGUUUCUUAUACUUUCUUGGUAUUAUUUUCUCGGACAUGCCUGACUCAUUAUAUUAUUAACAUUAUUAAUUAUUAUUAAACAUUAUUACAUAACUAAUUUCCUCUCUUUUCCGUAGACUCAAGAGCGGACGGGACAUAUCAAAGAAAUUGCUCCCUCUUUACAAACAACGCUUAACUCGGUGAGUGCUUCUCAUCGAUGGCUUCCUGCAUGCUUUUAAAAGUUUCAUUCUGCCACUUUGUGGCUAGCCUUAGAAAAUAACCGACGUCCUGGGGAUCAAGCAUAGAAAUUCCAUACUGAAGACGUGUCACUGCCCAGAUCUGGGUAGUGCUUCUGAUUCGUUGAAGAAAAUUUCCUUCGCGGUGCGACCAAUCAGAAUGCACGGAUAGUGACACGUCAUCAGUACGGAAUUUCUGCGCUUGUCCCUCAGACGUCAUUCCGCGGGGAAACCAGUUGGGGCGUGACGAAAUUGAAGAAAUGUCGGUUAUCUUGUCAGGCUGCUUUGUGGUAGAGUAGGGCCACAUGGAUUACUGAUUUUUUUUAAUUUUUUUUUGGUCAGCUUCUGAGAAAGGCCGCUACAUCCGAUACUGAGCUGAAGGCGAAACAUGUUCGCGAACUGCUGAAACUCACAACGAAGUUUAUCAACGAAGCCAAGAAGACAGAAAAUGUGAGAACGCUUUCCCAAGUAUAUGUCUCUUAGGUUUUAGAGGAGCUCUUUUCUAGGCGCGAUACCAGCCGCUGUUCGGCAAAUGAGCCCGCGCUCCUCCCCGCGCUCCCCAUCCCCUCCCCCUCGGGAAGAAACAAGACCGGACCUGAGAGAGUGGUGGAAAUUGAGCCGGCUCUUUCAUGAUAUUUUGGAUAUGAAAAUGAAAUUUAGUUAUUAUGGAAAUGAAACUCAUUUCGUUCGAAAGAAAAAAAACUUACAAAGUUAGUUAAGUAAAAUUAAUGAACACCAAAGAGGUAGCAAACUGCAGCAGUUGAAAGAAAGAUAUCACAAACCUAAAACAAAACGUGCCACCACUCUCGCAUCAUUGUUUGAGAGCUGAUAUUGAGAUCAUUUGACACCGUCGUUUAAACAUUGCUGGCUGUGAGAUGUUAUUGAGUGUGGAUAAGAAUUUAAUUUCGAUUAAACUUUGUUUUGAACAUCACCUCAACGUUUCUGAUUUCUUUUAAUUUCUGCUCAAGCCGCUUGCGUUGUACCUGUGGCUUGUCAAGAUGCUUGCCUAUCACUGAGAUAUGUUCCAAACCGCUUUUUGUAUGUACUCCUGACUGGGAACCUCUUUAUCUUCUUGGAUAUAAGGUCAUGUUUAAUGUUUUGGUUGUUAUGCUUCUUUCUUUAGGCGUCUGCCUUCUUAGAGAACGAUAAACUUAUGGGUGGAGUGACUCAAAUUCUAGACAGUGAAUUAUUCAAAAAGUCAUCUGACAUCAAGAGCACUUGUAGUACAAUCCGCUCCAUUUUGACAGGGUAAGUAAAGUAAAUUGACGCAAAGCCAAAAAGUAAAUUUUUCUGUUUUUAAUUGAUACUUUGAAUUCAAAAAUGAUCAACAAUAGAUCUUUUUCACGUGACGUCACGUCCGCCAUUUCAGUGUCUCUAGAAAAUAAAAUGGCGGCCAUGUUGGUGUCCCAAACUAAUCCUGUCAGAUUUGAAGAAUUUUUCUUCUGGAAAGACAUUUUUUUACAUUCUAAGAGAAAACGCUCUGUAGAUCCACUCAUCAGGAGUGCCCCAGAAAGAAAAUUAUCGUCUUUGUCUAGUUUAGUAUUAGAAAUAUGGUCUUUGUCUGUAUAUUUCUCGGGAAAAAGGCGAUCAUUAUUGAAUCCAAACACGGCACAAUGAUCUUUUUUCCCAUUACAAUCUUAUUCUAAGAAAACUUUACGAAAAAAUGUCCCAAAAGCGCUCGAAAAUACAAACGAAAUGUGCUCAUGCCCCCUGGGUAUUCUAUAAUACUUCUUAAAUCGAAUUAAUUCAAUAUGGCCGCCGUAUCGGUAAAAAGGUCUAUUAUGGGUUGUAUCCUUCCCACGAUGCACUACAGGUCCCCACAUAUUUGGGAGUUAUUGCAUCCGUUAGCACUUCAAGGCCAGCACAGACGCAACAACUCCCAACAAGGUUGGGAGCUGUUGCGUCCGUUCGCACAUGGCUUAAAAGUGACGUUAUCGUGGAUAUGUCUGUUGCAAUUUUAUCUCUUUGUUUCCCGGUACUUUAUGUUUCGUGUAACAACGUAUGUUGAUUGCCGUUCGUGAUUACUUCAGUUGAUGUGAAAUUUGGUUUCGUUUUUGUCAGGUCCAACAGCGAAAAAACAACAAAUCAACGUAAAAACAAGAAGAGAAAACUUGAAGAAACUGAAGGCAAAACUUUUCAGAGCAGCCAGACGAAUGGUGGUACGGAACUAACUGAGACUGGCAGUGAAGACAUCAGAAAAAGAAAGAAGAAACAGAAGAAUUGA